UUUUCUAAACCCGUUGGAACCGGCAGGCGGCAGCCCGGGUCAAUCAUAAGAUCGACCGCGGGUCAACCGGUAACAGGUGAAGGAAGGGGGCGAGGAAAAAAAACCUCGAUGUCCUCUCUGGAAGCCCUGAACACUGGUAGUCUGGAAUAGGUAUUUCUCCUUUCUCCCGAUCCCUCUUGGCCGUUCGAUGGUCGGAGAUCGCCGGUAAUGAUGAUUGGGAGUCUCAACACCGCAGCAGCCGUGGUGAAAGAGGUGAGCAGAGGUGGAGAGGGACGGCAAGGGAAGAACGGAGGUGGGGAGAGAUGCUGAUGAGCACCUGGCUGUCCAUUUAAUAUAUGCGCUACCUGUACUUCCAGUCCAAAUCAAAUCUCUCAACCAACAAGAGAUGGGUCGCACCACAUUAUCAGAACAUCAUCUCCCUUCUCCGGAGCUGCUCCAAAUUCGAGGAAUUGAUUCAAAUCCAUGCCCAAAUGAUCCGAACCCGCCUCAUAGCAGACACCUUUUUCGCAAGCCGAAUCAUCGCUUUCCUCACCGCUCCUUCUCCCCAAUCCAGCAUGGUCUAUGCCCGUCGUGUGUUCGAUCAAAUUCACCAACCCAACCUGUUUUUGUGGAACUCCAUGAUCAGGGGCUACACCAAUCACGAUUCUCCCCGACACGCGCUCUCUCUUUAUAAGCUGAUGCUUCGAAGAGGGUCCUCUCCGGAUUGUUACACGUUUGCGGUUGUAACGAGAGCUUGUGCUCACCUUAAUUCCUUGGAAACGGGUGAAACAGCUCAUGCUUCGGUUGUAAAACGUGGUUUGGAGUCGGAUAUGUUCGUCAUGACCGGGUUUAUUAAUCUAUAUGCUGGUUGUGGGGAGAUCAGUAUUGCAAGAGAGAUUUUUGAUGAAAUGCCGCGAAGAGAUGUGGUCUCGUGGACGUCAAUGUUGUCUGGUUAUGCUCAAGUAAAUCGGUUGGAUGAAGCUUUUCUAUUGUUCAAUGAAAUGAGACUGACGGGCGUCGAGCCAAAUAUGGUAACAAGCAUGAGCUUGUUUUCAGCGUGCGGACAGCUGCGAGCUCUUGAUCAGGGUCGUUGGCUCCACUUGCGAAUCGCGGAAGCUGGGAUGGAACGUGAUGUUGAUGUUGCUAACUCUAUAAUAAACAUGUAUGCAAAGUGUGGAAGCAUGCUAGAUGCUGGUAGGGUCUUUAAGAGGAUGUCUGUGAAAAAUUCGGUAAGCUGGAAUACCUUGGUUGGUGGCUUAGCUCAGAAUGGACUCUACAAAGAGGCCUUAACGGUGUUUCAAGAGAUGGCAUGCUCUGAAGUGAAGCCAGAUGAGAUAACGGUCGUCAGUGCUUUGUCGGCAUGUGCUCAGUUGGGUGAUCUCCAACAAGGGAAGCUUCUCCAUGCUUACAUUGAGGAUCGUAUGAUCGCUUGCAAUGUUUUUGUUACAAAUGCUCUCAUUAACAUGUACGCCAAAUGCGGAGAUCUUCCUAAAGCUGAAGCCAUAUUCAGGGAAAUGCCUGAAAGGGAUGUUUUCUCGUGGACAGCUAUAAUAUCUGGUUUUGUCCAAGGGAGCGGUUGUAAGAAAGCCUUGAGCCUCUUUGAAGAGAUGCAACUCACAGAUGUUGAACCAAAUGAAGUUACCUUGGUUAGUGUCUUAUCUGCUUGUUCCCAACUCGGGGCUUUGGACCAAGGCAGGCGGAUUCAUUCUUAUAUAGAAGAACAUAAUGUGAGAAAGGAUGUGUGUUUGGGAAAUGCACUGGUGGAUAUGUAUGCAAAAUGUGGUUGCAUCGAAAUUGCAUCACAGGUUUUUCUUCGAAUGCCUCUAAGAGAUACCCUUUCAUGGAAUACAAUGAUUACUGGUCUUGCAACUCAUGGACAUGGAAGAGAAGCGAUAGAUCUCUUCAGUCAAAUGCAGCAAAUAGGGGAUGCAAAGCCUGAUAGUGUGACUCUUUUGGCUGUUCUUUGUGCGUGUAGCCAUUCAUGCAUGGUUCAGGAAGGAAUAUUUUACUUCAGCUCCAUGUCUAGCUCAUAUGGUAUUGUUCCUGAAGUGGAACACUAUGGCUGUAUCGUAGACCUCUUAAGUAGAGCUGGGCUAAUUGAUGAAGCUAGUGAUUUUAUCAAGAAUAUGCCAGUAGCACCUAACUGUGUGAUCUGGGGAUCGCUUCUCGCAUCCUGCCGGGUCCAUCAUAUGAUGGAACUUGGACAGAAAAUUGCACAGCACAUUAUCAAGAUAGCACCUGAUGAUGAGGGAGCACAUGUGCUCAUUUCUAAUUUAUAUGCUGAAGCAGGUAGAUGGGAUGAUGUGAGACAAGUAAGAGCCCUGAUGGGAAGUAGGGGAAUAGAGAAGUCCCCGGGAUACAGUUCGAUUGAAGUGAAUGGUGUUGUCCACGAGUUCUUUGUUGGACAUAAGUUACUCCAUCAGUAUGGUAUGAUUUAUUUGGUGCUCGAUGGCCUUACACACCAGAUGAACCAGACUGUUUGUGAAUUACGCUAUGCUUUGUGAAGCGUCAGCUGCCAGCUUAGCAAGUCUGAUCUAGAUCCAGGUAUGUUCAGCACAUGUCCACUCAUAUAGGUUUUUUCUUAUUAUUUUGCGUAGUUUACAGCAAACAAACAUUCCUCGUUUGAUUAAGCAAAUAAAAAUCCCAACUACUGUGACAGUUUGUUACAAUUUGUCUUUUAUAUGGUACUAUGUUAGCACUUC